AUGAUAAACACCACAUUUACUGUAUAUCACCAUGGAAGAUGUUUUUGGGCCACCGGAAAAGAAGGGUUUGUUGUUGAAGAAAGAGAGGAGGAAAGGCUCAAAGACAAUCUAGCUGCCAACUUCAGCAGGGAACUGGCUGACUAUAUAAUUUAUAAUAUAGAUGUAUCCGGUGGUGAUAAGAUCCCUCGAAAAGGAGGCCCAGGGAUCACACAAACCGACCUCCUUGUAUGUGUCUUAUUCAUCUACUACCUGAUGUUUGGGGCUUUAAACACCAUUUAA